UUUGCCCCAGCUCCUGAGACAGCUUUUCCAGAACAGGCUACAAGAUGUUAACCUGCGAAAUUUCAGUCGUGGCCAGACCAGCUUGGACAAGCUUAAGGACGGCCUUGUGGGUGCCCAGUUCUGGUCAGCCUAUGCCCCCUGCCAGACCCAGGACCAGGAUGCCCUGCGCCUCACCCUGGAGCAGAUUGACCUCAUCCGUCGCAUGUGUGCCUCGUACUCUGAACUGGAGCUUGUGACCUCAGCCACAGGUCUGAACAGCACGCAAAAGCUGGCCUGCCUCAUUGGUGUGGAGGGCGGUCACUCACUGGACAGCAGCCUCUCUGUGCUGCGUAGUUUCUAUCUGCUGGGAGUGCGCUACCUGACACUCACCUUCACCUGCAACACGCCCUGGGCAGAAAGUUCCACCAAGUUUAAACACCACGUCUACACCAACAUCAGUGGGUUGACAAGCUUUGGUGAGAAGGUGGUAGGGGAAAUGAACCGCCUGGGCAUGAUGGUAGACUUGUCCUGUGCAUCAGACACCUUGGUACGACAAGCCCUGAAUGUGUCGAAGGCUCCUGUGAUCUUCUCCCACUCAGCCGCCAGGGCCGUGUGCAACAGUGUGCUCAAUGUUCCCGAUGACAUCCUCCAACUUCUGAAGAAGAAUGGUGGCAUUGUGAUGGUGACGCUGUCCAUGGGGGUGCUUCAGUGUAACCUGUUUGCUAAUGCAUCCACCGUGGCAGAUCACUUUGACCACAUCAGAACAAUCAUUGGAUCAGAGUUCAUCGGGAUUGGUGGAAAUUAUGAUGGGUCUGGUCGGUUCCCUCAGGGGCUGGAGGACGUGUCCACGUACCCGGUAUUAAUAGAGGAGCUGCUGAGUCGUGGCUGGAGCGAGGAAGAGCUCCAGGGUGUCCUUCGUGGAAACUUACUGCGGGUCUUCAGACAGGUGGAACAGGUGAGAGAGGAGAACAGUGGGCAGAACCCUGUGGAGGAUGAGUUUCCAGACAGGCAGGUGGUCAGGUCUUGCCACUCCCACCUCCUGUCUCAGCCGCAGAGUGAACACCUGGCCACACACUUGGAGGUGACCAAGUGGCCAAAAAAUCAGGUCCUCCAGAGGUCCUCGAAAGCCUCCCCAUACUUUGUUCUAGGUCUUGUGGCUACUGCCACAUUCUCAAUCCUCAUCCUGUGUCUCUGGUGACCGGCCAUUCUC